AUGGUCUUUAGCACCGAAGGUCUGAGUUCUGUCUGAUUGGAUCAAUAUCUGCUCUGCAUUGAUUGGAGUGAUGGUUAAAUACGCUUUUUUCAUACAUUUCAUUUUGAUUCGCCAUAUAAAUUUCCGUCUUUGUCAUCAAUUUUGUUCUCCUUUUGAUUUUCCUUGUUCAAAUUUAUACUUUUUAAUUCAAAAAUUUUCUUGAUUGAAAUUGGUGCCGCUCGGCUGUCACUAGUUAAAAAUUUGACACCGUCUCUGCUCACUAACUAGUAUUCAUCCAGAGUAUGGCACAACUCGUAGGGAUCUUUCUUGGCUUGGUACAAGCAGAAAACUGUAGUGAGUUCUGUCACUCCACGCGUCCUCAUUUUGGAACCAGAUAACGUAAGAUUUAAUGAUGAAGAUGACAAUGUACAUAUAUGAGUGGCUGCUGUUUAGUCCUCUCUCCUAGUUAAAUGAAUUUCCUUCGUGUUUCUUCUCGUAAUUUCUCUUUCUUUUGGAGCUUUGUUUUGAUUUUUGACUGUGGACAAUUGGUGCUGGUGUAGGGGAGGUCCCUUACAGAGAGGGCCAAUCUAUUGGUGUCAUCGCUGAUGGGGUUGAUAAGAAUGGCAAGCCCCACAAGCUGAGACUGUAUUCAAUUGCCAGCAGUGCUCUUGGUGACUUUGGCGAUUCAAAAACUGUGAGUGUGAUCCCCGUCCCCACGCGCUCACUCAAAAAACGAAAUGGUCAUCUUUUCUAAUUUUUCCUCAUUUAGUCUAUACAUUCAUAUUUUCUUUGGAGUUUAUCCAGUGAAGUAGUAUAAAAAAAUGGGCAUUUCAUUCCUUAAUAUUGUCAUGGUAUCUCAUAGGAUUUCAGAUGUGCUGUCAACUUGGGAUUACAUUUCUUUUUCUGAAGCCAGCUGUAGAGCUUCCUAGGCGCUACUCUGUAGUUUAACUUCUCGUUCUCUGCAGGUUUCUCUCUGUGUAAAGAGACUGGUCUACACCAAUGAGGCUGGGGAGGUUGUCAAAGGAGUGUGCUCAAAUUUCUUAUGUACGGAUAUUAACCCUCCACUCCACCAUGCUCAUAAAUUUGUUGAACUGAAAUAUCGAUAGAGGGGGAAUUCAUACAAUAUUUCCUAUCAGUUGUCGAUACUUCAGGCUAAAGUGGUUCUAUCGAGUUUAAAAUGGUUCAGCCUUGUAAUGGAUCAGUUCAUACGCUGACUAUGUCCACUGCUGUGUUCAAGGUGAUUUGAAGCCUGGGGCUGAGGUCAAGAUGACUGGCCCUGUCGGGAAGGAGAUGCUUAUGCCCGUUGACCCCAAUGCCACCAUUAUUAUGGUAAUCAUGGUUUCUAAUCGAUGCAGCCAUUAGAGUUGUUAUCUUUUCCGCAAGUGGUUGAUAUCAUAUGUACCAUCCUGCAGCUCGCCACAGGCACAGGAAUUGCUCCUUUCCGCUCAUUCCUAUGGAAGAUGUUCUUCGAGAAGCACGACGACUACAAGGUAUGUCCUCUCUGGAACACAAUUUCAAUCCGGUAGAUGGAUCAUCCUAAAAAAGAUCUUGCCAGAUGCUGUUGCUGUCUCGCUGAAUCAUUCUGAUCCUCCUGCAGUUCAACGGCUUGGCUUGGCUCUUCCUGGGAGUCCCCACAAGCAGCUCUCUUCUGUACAAGGAGGUGGGACGAAACACCUUAAGGACAAUCUUCAUCUCCUCACAAUUCUUCUCCUAGCUUCCUGCCAAUCAUGGCCACUGGUCAACGGUACAGUGGCCAUUACAGUGGAAUCAUCGCCAUACCUUCGACCCUCUCUUGUGUGGCAGGAAUUCGAGAAGAUGAAGGAGAAAUCUCCAGACAACUUCCGGCUGGACUUUGCGGUGAGCAGAGAGCAGACAAACGAGAAGGGGGAGAAGAUGUACAUCCAGACCAGGAUGGCCCAGUACGCCGAAGAGCUGUGGGGGCUGCUGAAGAAGGAUAACACCUACGUCUACAUGUGCGGGCUCAAGGGAAUGGAGAAGGGGAUCGACGACAUCAUGGUCUCCUUGGCCGAAAGGGAUGGUAAGAGAAAUAUGCCCCCUUGUUUGAAUGAAACAGGCUAAUCUGUUGGGUACAACUCAUCAGUCUACAUGACUCACGGCCGUGGUUUCAUGGGCUUUGUGUGCUUCUCUGCAGGCAUCGACUGGUUCGAGUACAAGAGGCAGUUGAAGAAGUCUGAGAAGUGGAACGUGGAAGUGUAUUGA